UUUUAUCCAAUCCUUUCUUGCCUUUUAGGCGACCCAGUUGAAAAUUUUGAGAUUUUUUUAUUGUUUGAUGUGUACCGAUUUUAAGAUUGGAUCUCUUUUGAUUUAGCUGUUUGAGAUUUCUUUCUUCUUUCUCUCUCUCUCUCUCUCUUUUGGUUGGUGACUGUGUUGAAUUAUCUUAUGAUGUUUCCAAUCCUUGUUUGUUUUGUAGGUGACCCAGUUUAAAAUUUGAGAUUUUUUUCUUGUUUGAUUUGUACCCAUUUGAAGAUUGGAUCUCUUUUGAUUUGGCUGUUUGAGAUUUCUUUCUUCUUCUUUUUUUCUUUGUUGGCUGGUGACAGUGUGUUGAAUUAUCUUAUGAUGUUUCCUUUUAAGCACUUGUUGUUGGAUUUCAAUCAUUUCACUCCAUUUAUUGAUAUAUUUGUUUUUUAUUUUUGCAUAUUUUUUUGAAUAUGUAUCCAGUUCAGUUAUUCUCAAUUUCCUCUGUUCAUAUUUUUAUUACAACAGUUUCUAUAAGAACUUUUCAAACCUCUCCAAACUUUUCAUGAUUUAUCUAGUUUUUCAUGCCAGAUUCUGCAUGUAAUUAUGUGGGACUCUAACUCAAUCUUUUCCUUUGUGCCUGAUUUUUACAGAACUCUUGAGUGAUAGACUUUGAAUGAAAUCUUGUUUUUCAUUAACGAGAUUCAAUUGAAGUGAAGUGAUUAUUCACUGGAAAACUUAUUUUUCAUAGUAUUGGAGGUACAACUGAAGCUGUUAGAUUUGUUUUAACUACACGAGUUCGUUGGAUAUUUGAGCAUGGCUGGGAAUCAAGAUCAGUUUGAGAUCAAGUUUCGGUUGACUGAUGGUUCUGAUAUUGGCCCCAAAAGUUUUCCUGCAGCUACUAGUAUUGCAACAUUAAAAGAGAGUGUUCUCGCUCAGUGGCCAAAAGACAAGGAGAAUGGCCCAAAGACCAUAAAAGAUGUGAAGUUAAUUAACGCAGGAAAAAUUUUGGAGAACAACAGAACAGUUGGGGAAUGCCAGAGUCCGUUAUGUGAUACCCCUGAUACUGUUACAACAAUGCAUGUGGUUGUGCAACAUCCUGCUACGGAGAAAGAGAAGAAAGCGGCAAACAAAGCAACACAGAACAAAUGCAUGUGCGUUAUUUUAUAGCAUCCAGAUUGAAUAGCAGAUGUCAUCUGUCUUAGUUGAUUAGGGACAGUUCAUUUUACAUAACCUGCGUCGUCAAAUAUUUCAACAUACACAAAUUAUUUGGUUGCAUGCCCCAUUCAUACUACAGUCAAGGAGUACUGGACUAUUUUCUUUAUAAAAAUGGAGUACUUGACUUGGUGAAGAUUGUGAAGCUUGUAGUUCCCUGAUUCCUCUGCGGCACUAAAUUUCUUGCACAAUUUCAUAGGAGAUGUUCUUCUUCUGGUUUCAACAUGUAUUAGGUGUUGCCUCAUCAGACACUUGGUAUAAUUGUUGAUUGAAAUGAACUCUACUAGUUUGCCAUCUUACCCCCUCAUAUAUUUUACAAUUCUUCUCUUUCGUGUAUCUGAUUCAACAUACUUAAUCCAGACAUGUAUGCGUUGAGUAUUUGAAUGUGUUUCAAUUUUCUGGUUGUUUAUAUGGUACCAUUGCUACCCACUCUUGUAUAGCAGCUAUGGCAAUAGUGAUUUAACAACAUCUCUCACAAAAUGGAGAUUUGAUGCUUGAA